AUGAUCGUCUCUGGCGAUUUCCUGUGCCCCCACCCUCCGCCCGCGCGCAGCACCACCGGAGACACACCUGGCCGGUAUCCAGCGCUCGCCCGGGAGCCGCGGCCAAGGCGUCUCCUAGCAACCGGCCGCCAGCCUCAGCCCAGGUUGAGCCGAGCUGUGAUGGAUCAGCCAGUCAUCGCCCUCUCCACCACCGCUAAACCAACCCGAAAGUCAGCAUCUUUUGAAAGAGAAGGUUGGUGGAGAACAACACUAACAAAUACUCCUAUACCUGGCACUUACCACCUGAGAACUUUUAUUGAAGAAUCCCUAUUAAAUCCAGUAAUAGCAACCUACAAUUUUAAAAAUGAAGGAAGAAAAAAACCACCUCUUGUGCACAGGAACUAUCCAGUAAUAAAUGAUAUACCCCAGUAUAUGCCUCCUGACUCACUGGACUUGUUGAAGAAGCAAAUGGCCACUUACUCAUUUAAAGACAAACCACGGGCAAGCCCCAGCUCACUGGUUUACAAAGAUCAGACAGUUCAGCUUUCACCAGGACAAUACGAUAUUCUUCCUGCACCGGUUCCCAAGUACUCUUCCAGGGGCUUCGUAUUUCGUUCUACAGUUCCAAGAUUCCCAACAGGCUGUUUCAUUCCUGUAAGUAUAUUAUAAACAAUUAUCUCAUGAUGCAUUUGAUGUUUAAAAUGUGUAGUGGUUCUUUUUGAUAUAUCAAGAUUUUGCUCAUCAUAGUAGAUAAACAAUGAAUGAUUAAUGCACUUGAUUUAAAGUCUACCUGAAGACAUGCUAGGGAUUUCAAUGCAAGUAACCUCGAUCUGGUAAGUUAAAGAAGAUAAUGUCUGCUCCUUCAUUCUCUUCAGGUCUUGAGUCAAACAUCGCCUUUUUGGUGAGGUCUUCCCUAGCCAUCUAUUCAAAAUUUCCUGUCCUCCUUCCCUGGUUUCUUUUUUUCUCCAUAGCAUUCAUCACUGUCUCAUAAAUUACAUUUAAAAAAGUACUUAUUCUGUUUUUAUCUGUCUCCCCCAUCAGAAUGUACAAUUCCUAAACGCAGGGAUUUUUGUUUCGCCUUAUACACCUAGCACCCAAAAAAGCGACUAGGACAUAGUAUUUGUCUAAUUAAUUAAAAACAUCAGAUAUAUUUAACCAAUUAUUAUAUUAGCAACAAAAAGGAAGAGUAUCUCUGAUUUCUUUCCCUUCAAAAAUGUGAAAAUGUUUUUCUGUUUCUAAAAAUUUCCAAAUACAUAUACAUGAGUUACGAUAAACAUGAACUCUUUUAGGUGAGUAACUAACCAGUAGGAUGUCAAAAAGAAAUGAAUAAUCAUAUAAAACCAUUUGAAAGAAUGAGAAAAUAUACAAUUAACAGUUUAAGGUGGUUCGAUGGGCUUAUAGUUAUUUAUUUGUAAUUGGAAACUCAGCCAAAAAAAAAAAAAAAA